GCGGCGCAACUGCAGGGACCGGCAUGGGCGGCAGCGUGGGGGCGCCCUUGCGGCCUGCGGCCUGGUCAUGCCUGCAUACCUUUCAGAAGCUCAACCAGAGGCGGUACAUCUCCUCCUGGCUGACCCGAUGGUUCCACAAGACCCCAGCCAAGUCCGUAGUGGCCCAGAAAACGCCCAUCAAGGUGGAGUUGGUAGCUGGAAAAACCUACAGAUGGUGUGUGUGUGGCCGCAGCAAGAAGCAGCCCUUCUGUGACGGCUCUCACUUCUUCCAACGCACUGGUCUAUCCCCACUCAAGUUCAAGGCCCAGGAGACCCGCACAGUGGCCCUCUGCACCUGCAAGGCUACCCAGAAGGCCCCGUACUGCGAUGGCACCCACCGGAGCGAGCGGGUGCAGAAGGCAGAAGUGGGUUCCCCACUCUGAGGGACCAGCCCCAGGCCUCUGGUGGGCACCCCUUUUGUGGGGAAGGAAAUGGAGUGCUGAGGCCAAGAAGGGACCACCCAGGGACCCCAGUCCCAUCUGCUCGUUGUGAAGGGCUUGCUCCCAAGACCUGAGGUCUCUCAGGCAGCUGGGGACCCCACCCCUGGCUUAUUACCUGCUGGUGUAAGUGGCAUUAAACUCUGUACCCGCCGGCA